GUCCCUUUAGGAUCUCUUUCUAUUCAAUUUCAUAUUUUUUUGCAUACUGGAAUUACCCUUUUGUCCCUGCACCUCCACUAACUCCUCCUUUAUAGUUUAUAUAGCAACAUUACCGAGAGGGUCCCAAAAGCCAUAAAAACACCAAGAAGCCUUCAAUGGCGUCAAUGGCUUCUCUUUUCACCAAAAUCUCAUUCCCUUCUCAUUCUCUGUCCAAAACCUUCGAUACCCAUUUUUCCCCAUCCUUCAAAGUCAACAUAUCUCUUGGCGCCAAGGCGAGGACCCACCUGGGUCUUCGAGUUUCGAGCGGUUUGAUCGAACCGGAUGGUGGGAAGCUUGUGGAGCUUGUGGUGGAGGAUUCGCGGAGAGAUUUGAAGAAGGGUGAAGCUUUUUCGCUUCCAAGGAUCAAACUCUCUCGGAUUGACGUGGAGUGGGUUCAUGUGCUCAGCGAAGGCUGGGCUACCCCACUCCGUGGGUUCAUGAGAGAAACUGAGUUCCUCCAAACGCUUCAUUUCAACUCGCUCCGACUCGAUGAUGGGUCGGUGGUGAACAUGUCCGUUCCAAUCGUUCUGGCCAUUGAUGAUGACCAGAAGCAUCGGAUCGGGGAUUCCAAAAAGGUUGCUCUUUUCGAUUCUCAGGGAAACCCUGUCGCUAUUCUGAACGAUAUUGAAAUUUAUAAGCACCCUAAAGAAGAAAGGAUAGCCCGAACUUGGGGAACCACUGCUUCUGGUCUACCUUAUGUUGAAGAAACUAUAACUAAUGCUGGAAAUUGGCUGAUUGGGGGUGAUCUGGAAGUUAUAGAACCCGUCAAGUAUCAUGAUGGGCUUGAUCAUUUUCGGCUGUCCCCCUCAGAACUCCGUGAGGAGUUCACAAGGCGCAAUGCAGAUGCUGUGUUUGCAUUCCAGCUCCGGAAUCCUGUCCACAAUGGCCAUGCUUUGCUAAUGACUGAUACCCGUAAGCGGCUUCUUGAUAUGGGUUAUAAGAAUCCUGUCCUACUGCUUCAUCCACUGGGAGGUUAUACCAAAGCUGAUGAUGUCCCACUUGCUUGGCGAAUGAAACAACAUGAGAAGGUACUAGAGGAUGGUGUUCUUGAUCCAGAGACAACUGUGGUAUCCAUAUUCCCUUCUCCCAUGCACUAUGCUGGACCGACUGAGGUGCAGUGGCAUGCAAAGGCUAGGAUUAAUGCCGGGGCUAACUUCUACAUCGUUGGUCGUGACCCUGCAGGCAUGAGCCAUCCAGUUGAGAAAAGAGAUCUAUAUGAUGCUGACCAUGGGAAGAAAGUAUUGAGCAUGGCACCUGGACUAGAGCGUCUAAACAUUCUUCCUUUCAGGGUUGCUGCGUAUGACAAGACUCAGGGUAAAAUGGCAUUCUUUGACCCUUCAAGGCCUCAGGACUUCCUCUUCAUAUCAGGCACAAAGAUGCGUACACUUGCAAGGAACAAGGAAAGUCCUCCUGAUGGAUUUAUGUGCCCAGGUGGGUGGAAGGUGCUGGUUGACUAUUAUGAUAGCUUGGUACCCUCAAGCAACGGUAAAGUGCCGGAAGCUGUUGCGGCUUAGUGUUAUAUUUUAAUGUAUAUUUGAUUGGGAGAAACCUUAAGCUGAUGUAUUCUCCUGCUAAGACCCAGAUUGCACAAAGAUCCAAUCACUGAUAAUAAUGAAAACUUAGGGAGGUACUGGCACUGAAACACUUGGCCUCUCUCUGUAAGUAUGGCAUUUGGUGUUGCCUCUUGCACUCACAGUGCAAUUGUGCAUCCCACCUCUUUGUAAUAUAUUGUGGUUGUGCUAAAGAUUUGGUUUGAGAGCUUACAUUCACUGCUCUUUAUAUGAUUAUUGCUCCUUGCAUGAAGUCCUAUUAA